CAGGUCUCGGGUUUUGGCGCGAAAUUCACUCAUCCGCUAAGUACAGUUUUGGCGUUGUAGCUAAUCCAACAGUGAUCACAAAGCAUUUAGUGGACGUAAAAAAUCGGCAUGAACAGUUUUUACCACAAUUUACCGAAAAUUGAGUUGCAUGCCCACCUUUCUGGGAGUAUUAGUUCGGCGUUUUUGAAGCGUGAAUCAAUUACCAACCGUGAUGUUCAGAACAUUAAUCCAAGUUUUGAUUUUGAAACAUGGAACGGGGAUAUGAAUAGGUGUUUUGAUGCUUUCCGAACAAUCCACAAAUUAAUUGAAACACCAGAGAUUUUGGAGAGAGCUACAACUUCCGUUAUUGAAGAAUUUCAUCAAGAAAACGUCAUUCUUUUGGAAUUGAGGACUACGUUACGACCAAUUCCAACUCAUCGUUCUUAUUUGAAUGCGGUAAUCAGAGGAAUACAGAAUGCACCGAGUACAGGUCUAAAAGUCUUGAUGAAGCGUUACUCACUUUAG